AUGAUGAACUUUCUUCCGAUUAAGGAGAAAAUUCAAUCCAAGCCACCACCGCAGGCUCCUAUCUUACCCGACGAACUCAUUUCCAAAAUACUACUGCUGCUUAGUUUGAAAACCAUUGUUCAACUCAAAUGCGUGAGCAAAUCAUGGAACACUCUCAUCUCUGAUCCUAUCUUUAUUCAAAUGCACCUCAAAAUAUCGUCACAAAACCCACACCUCAUUCUCACUCCAAUUCUAAAAUACCCUGCGAAAUAUCCUUUGAGUGGAGUCAAAUCCUUUCCGGUGUCUCGUUUACUUGAGAAUCCAUCAAUCAAUGUUUCCGGUGACAACUUCCACAGUUCCAUUCAUAGCUGUCAGAUCAUUGGUUCGUGCCACGGAUUGCUCUGCUUGCUUUUCCAUUCUCGCUAUAGGACGCUCAACGAUGAGUAUAGAAAGUAUUGGUUUUGUUUAUGGAACCCUGCCACGAGGGAAAUAUCUAAAAAAUCGGGGACUUUUGAAGACAGUAACACUCAACCAAACAUUUAUAAAUUCACUCUUGGUUGUGAUAUUUCAACUGGAACUUACAAGGUCGUGACGCUUAGAAAGGUUCUUGAACAACGAGGAGAUGAGAACAAAGUUGAUUGGAAAGGUCAAGUCAGAGUUUUCACUUUUGGUGACAAUUGUUGGAGAAAAGUUCAAAGUUGCCCUAUGAUUCCGGUUAUCCUAAUGAAUAUUCACAUUAAUCGAAUUAAUAAUGGUGUGCAUUCGAGUGGUACCGUUAACUGGUUGGCUCUUCCCAAUUACAUUCAACCGGCUUAUGAAUAUGGUUGGAAGUCUAUUGCUAAUGCUCAACAGUUUGUUAUUGUUUCACUUGAUCUUUCGACGGAGACAUACACACAGAUUUUGCUACCUCGUUGUUUUGACGAGGUGCCAUGUUUUCAGCCAACGCUUCAUGUUCUUAUGAACUGUCUUUGCUUUUCGCAUGAUUUCAAGAGAACCGAAUUUGUUAUAUGGAAAAUGAAGGAUUUUGGAAUACAAGAGUCUUGGACUCAAUUGUUUAGAAUUGAGUACUUGAAAAUCUAUCAUGAUUUUAACUUAUACAAAGGCAGUGAAUUUGGUACUCCAUUGUUGCCAUUGCAUCUUUCUAGGAAUGGAGAUACAUUGAUAUUGGCAAACUGUGAAGAUGAUCGAGCAAUUAUUUAUAAUCGGAGAGAUAAGGGAGUAGAGAGAAUUAGAAUUUCUAACAAAUUGUGUUGGUUUUCUACCAUGGAUUACGUUGAAAGCUUGGUUUCAACUCAUUAUAGAUCUGCAACCUCGACUCCAAGCACAUCCUCUAUGCGUGGAAGUACGAUAGGAAAGUCUGUCCAAUUCCAAACAGACAAAGAGGAUGAACUAAGAGACAUUGAUUCUGAUGAUGAGGGCGAACUAAGUGACAGCGAUUCUGAAGAUGAUGGAUAA